UUCGUUGAUAAAAGUUAACUACAUAACCUAAGGUCUUUUUCCUAAACCAGACAGUCAACAUGGUUCUUCAAAAUAUCCAACAUAUAAUCGGUAUUAUCUUAAUAAUUUAUGGUAACAACUGCAACGAUUGUCAAGCGACGCCAUUAUACGGCCGAGAUGUGAGGUUAGCCGAGAAUAAUGAAUUUCCUUUCGUAGUAUCUCUCAGUCUUAAAUCUAAUAAUAUCGAAAGUGAAAAAAAUCACUUUUGCGGUGGAUCAUUGAUAACGUAUUCACAUGUAUUAACAGCAGAACACUGUGUUAUAAAUAAAUUACAUUAUUACGAUUUGGUGAUCAAAGUAGGGUCUAUUGAUUUGCGAAAUACUUCAAUUUAUCGGGUAGCGUGGUGGAUCACGUACAAUCAAUGGAACGUCAAUUAUAAUGAUGAUGAAAAAAUAGGAAAUACUAGUCAUGACAUUGCCAUUAUUAAGUUGUAUGGGAAUGUCUACUCUUCUAUCAAAUUAGGAAUACUAACCAGGUUUCCCGAUAAGGAUUUAUACGGUAAAAAGGCUGAGACUGCUGGAUGGGGUCGAACAGAAGUUAAGAAACCUGCGAGAUAUUUAAGAACUGUGGAAUUGUUUACACUACAGCCUGAAAAGUAUUUGUUCAAAAACUUCAUUAAUGAUACUGCAUUCCAAAAUAAUUUUUUCACAGAAAAGUUCUUAAUGUCUUCUGCUAAACCACCUGCUUACUUGGGAUGUGGAGAUAGUGGCAGUCCGUUGCUCAUAAAUAAAAGAGAAAUAAUCGGUGUUAAUAAGGGAACCUGCUGUCUGGUUAAUGAUACUAGUACAAUAAAUUAUCAAAACUUGCAUUCAUCAGUCAAUUAUUACAUAAGGUAUAUUAAUGAUGUGAUAAAUCUUUAAUGUAAAUAGUUAUGACUGAAAAGCUGUAAUAUUUGUAGCUUCUGAAAAUAAAAAAUUGGAAA